AUGCCUGCUACAGGCCAGCAGAGAGCGGACGUGGAGCUGAAGACUGCCGCGAUGUUGGAAGAGAUGAUCAAGUCCACGCACCAGCUGGACGAAAUCCUCCAGCGCCUGUGCGCUGCAGACUCCACGGCGACAGUCCAAGGCGAGCAAACCAUAGCACCAGUUGAUUCAGUAGGUGUGCAGGACGCAGACAGUGACUCGUUCGAGGAUUGCAUCGGAAGUCCGACAAGUGACGGCGUCGAGCUGACAGCAGAGGAAUACUUCCAGAACACGGACUUCGGCGACGCCAAUGUGCCGAUGAAGGACGCAAACUUCCAGAUGAAGCUCGGCAACGCUUACUACGCGUAA